CAAACCUAGUAAAGGUAAUAACAUUUUGUGCUUGUAGAACUUUCAGCGUAGAUUGUUUUGUAUAAUUUUUACUAUAUCUCGGACUCGGAAAUGGUGCAUAAUAUGAACUUUUAAAAGUUAAAUAGCAAGCCGACAUAUAAUGGAAGCAACCGGAGAUCAAUUAAUUUUGGCUACAGGUGGCUAUGACCACACAAUCAAGCUGUGGCAGGCGCACACCGGCAACUGUAUACGAGUAAUGCGCUUUGUUGAGACUUCACAAGUAAACGCCCUCGAUCGGACUCCAGACAAAACACGUUUGGCAGCUUGCGGCUACCAAUGCAUACGCCUGUACGACAUAGAAUCCAGCUGCUCCGCUCCAGUUAUAAAUUUCGAAGGUGUUCAAAAGAAUGUGACGCGCUUAGGUUUUCAAGAAGAUGGCAACUGGAUGUUCACUGCUGGUGAAGACCACCGUGUUCGCAUAUGGGAUAUGUUGUCACCGCAGCCACAUUGUUCACGUGUAUUCGACUGUCAGGCACCUGUGAAUGCCGCCUGUUUACAUCCAAAUCAAGUUGAAAUUGCAAUGGGUUCUCAAAACGGUGGAGUCUAUUUGUGGGACGUUAAAUCUGAGGUACAUGAUCAGCUCGUACCGGAAGUAGAUGCUUCCAUACAGGAUGUGGCCAUCUCACCCGAUGGACAGUAUAUGGCAGCUGUAAACAAUAAAGGCAAUUGUUACAUUUGGUCACUUAGUUCAUCGCCAAACCAACAAUUGAGUACACUUAGUCCCAAAAAGAAAAUAGCAGCACACAAGCGCUAUGUAUUGCGCUGCAAAUUUAGUCCCGACUCAAGGCUACUGAUAACUACCUCAGGUGAUGGAACAGCGCGCAUCUGGGAGACUGAACAUUUCACAAUGUGGCGUGAAUUAUGCGUGGAAAACUAUUGGGUUUGGGAUGCGGCGUUCAGUGCUGAUUCUAAAUAUGUAUUCACCGCUUCAUCGGACGGGAUAGCGCGGCUAUGGAAACUGCAAACAAAGAACCCGGAACGUAAAUACACUGGCCAUACUAAAGCAAUUACUGCAUUGUCGUUUAAGGAUGAGAUCGUGUCAGAAUAACAUGAAGCUUCAGGGAGUGAAACGGGCGGCGCGUUGUGGUGUGCAACACGAAAUUCAUGUAAUCGCCGCAAAGAAAGCAAAAGAAAAACCAGUGGUGGAAUAUGCUGCUUAUUUACCGCAUACGUAAAAGGUGUCUGAAAUGCAAGGAGAACGAACUUGGAGCAGGUGUAUGUGUUCGCAAAGCGCUGAUAUAUUCGAGUAACAAUUUCUUGUGAAAUUCCUGUUUUCUAACGCCAACAUAUUUCUAUCGCAGCUUUAUUCUGUAUACAAUAUAUAUUUUUAUAUUUAGCAUUAUUUUCUCCUAUUUAAUUCAAAUUACAACAAACAAUAGUGCACAAAGUAUGCGGAUGCGAAAGUGUAUCAAGAUUAAAGUUUCCAUUAAAAGAGUAUACCGAUAAUAGACGCCAACACAUAGAAAUAAAUGUUUAAUACCAUUUUAAUACAA